GACUAACCAUAAUUAGGGAAACCUGAACAGGGUCUGGACUUGGGCACCAGGGCAGAGAGGACUGGGGAGAUUUCACGGCGGCCAGAGGGGCCACGGGAGAGCUGGUUGGGUGACCCCAAAUGUCCUAGAUCCUAGCCGGUUGGGGAGUCCUUGCGUAUCUGGGGCAAGAUUCAGCUUCUCUCGGCGUCUGGGAACUAGGAGUGCACACGCCAAGCUUCGGACUACAUUUCCCAGAAGGCUCUGCUCCCCGCGCUGUCGUAGUUUACCAAGGCGUGUCUUGGAGGCGAGGCCGCAGUCGGUGAGCACAGCUGCGGCGUCUCGCUGCUGCUCCGGCAGCCGCACCUGCUUCCCGGCGAGAUGCUUUGGGUCCUGCUCCUGCUCCUUCUUUUCCCCUUUCUCUUGUACAUCGCUGCACCCCAAAUCAGGAAGAUGCUGUCCAGCGGGGUUUGUACAUCAACCGUCCAGCUUCCUGGAAAAGUGGCUGUGGUCACUGGAGCCAACACAGGCAUCGGGAAAGAGACCGCCAAAGAGCUGGCUCGAAGAGGAGCCCGUGUGUAUUUAGCUUGCCGGGACGUGCAAAAGGCGGAGUUGGUGGCAAGAGAAAUCCAGAUGAUAACAGGGAACCAACAAGUGUUGGUGCGGAAACUGGACUUGGCUGAUACUAAAUCUAUUCGAGCCUUUGCUAAGCGCUUCUUAGAAGAGGAAAAGCAUCUCCACAUUUUGAUCAACAACGCAGGAGUGAUGAUGUGUCCCUACUCCAAAACAGCAGAUGGCUUUGAGAUGCAUAUAGGAGUCAACCACUUAGGUCACUUCCUCCUGACCCAUCUGUUGCUAGAAAAGCUGAAAGAAUCAGCACCAUCAAGGGUGGUGAAUGUGUCUUCCUUAGCACAUCACCUGGGAAGGAUCCACUUCCAUAACCUGCAGGGCGAGAAGUUCUAUCAAUCAGGUUUGGCCUACUGUCACAGCAAAUUAGCCAACAUUCUCUUCACCCAGGAACUGGCCCGGAGGCUAAAAGCAUCCGGCUCUGGCGUCACGGUGUACUCUCUGCAUCCUGGCACAGUCAGCUCUGAGCUGGUUCGGCACUCCGCCCUCAUGAGAUGGAUAUGGUGGCUUUUCUCCUUCCUCAUCAAGACCCCUCAUCAGGGAGCGCAGACCAGCCUGUACUGUGCCUUAACGGAGGGCCUGGAGGCUCUCAGCGGAAGCCACUUCAGUGACUGCCAGGUGACAUGGGUCUCUGCACAGGCUCGUAAUGAGACGGUAGCAAGGCGGCUGUGGGAUGUCAGCUGUGACCUGCUAGGCAUCCCUGUGGACUGACUGAUGAUGGCAGCUGGACCCAAGAGAAGCCUGAAGCAGACUACUCAGCACUCCCUGCCAAAAUGAUUCUCCUUCAGGAUGGCCAGAACCUGGAGCACAAAGCAGACCUUCCGACCUUGCCUGCUUGAUGCCUGAUGAAAGCCCAGUGUACACUGCCGGAUUCAUCCAAACACCUUGCAUUUGUCCCGGUUACUUUGCUCCUAUUACUGCCCGUUAUUAGAGAUAAUAUAGGCUAAGUAGACCCUCAGUUGACCUCCAAACUCAUCUUUCCCUUCUGAAGCCUGUUACCCAGGGGAACCUAAGCUGCGGCAGGGGUUGAUUGAUGGCACUUUGGAUUCAUUUCUGUCCUCUCUGUCCACAAUGUAGUUCUUCUGAACCAAACAACCUUCAAGGGGAGGCAUGAUUUAGCCUCAGCUAAACUCCAGGAGUCCCAGUGGCUUGGCUCAAGAGCAG